CUUCCAUUGCCAGUCUUUGGAAGCUUAUCACAUAAUUUCCAAUGUCCCUUUGUUGACUCUUCGGCGUCCACCUACAACCCACACGGCCAAGCUCACGCGACCGAUUUCGCAAGGAACCAUGAACAACUUCGGGGUCAUCGAACUCGCCAGUGCCAAAACCACGUCGGCUCCCGGAUGGGCCUACGUUCCUGACACUGGCAUACUCCCCGGAUCCAACGCCUUGCAGCCAGCGAACCGGAAACGAGCUCGCAAUGCGCCCGCGGGCGUGACGGUUGGCGACUUGACGGCGCGGCAAGAAGCCAAGAUUCGGAAGGAGAUUGAGGCGCUGGAGCGAGAUGGUGGAAAGGAUAUUGCGAUACCGAUACCCGCAAAGAGCGGCAAAGCUCCUGGAAAGCAUACACCAAAUGUACGAAAGAUCCUACAGUCACAAAAGACAUUCUCGAAUCACCUAGACGACUUUCUGGCGAUACAAGCGCAGGUCGAGGGCGGCCCGGCUGCUGCGGGUAACAACCGACCAAGCAACGCGAGCUCCAAGCGACCAGCAAACAAACGAGAUGCCACCGCCGCGUCUACACCCACCGGAAGCGCCAAGCCGACGCCAGGCCUACAGGAAGAGGACAUUACAAUGGCAGACGCAGAUCUUCCCCCGGUAUUGGUCGGGCAGUAUGGACCACCCCCAGCGGCGCAUCCGGGCGACAACGAUCCAUUGCUGGCAUCUCGCGUGCCUGAUCUGCCGUCAGACGAAGAGCUGAGGAAGCUGCUUGCCCACCCACCGCUGACAUAUUAUGAGACUAGAGGCAAGUGGGAGGACAACUACCCUACGCGAGUGUUCUGCGAGGUGUGCGGAUAUUGGGGACGGGUGCGGUGCAUGAAGUGCGGGACCAGGGUUUGCGCGCUGGACUGUCUGGAGACGCAUAGAGAGGAAUGUGUCACAAGAUACGGGCUGUGAGAUACUCUCUCUGCAGCUGAUAUGGUAUUCGAGUUGGAAGAUUGAAAGGGGUGGAUACUGUCUACCUGCUAUGGUAGGGUUAAGGAACGAGGCAACGGCUUUGAGGUUGCAUUCCACGGCGUUUGGACGGAGUUGUUGGAUUUGGAGCGGCACUGAUACUGAUACCCAGUCUUUUGGAAUGCGAAUUCAUACAAAUUAAACG